CUGAUGGCAGAGCAAAUACAGGAACAUCUUUUCACACAUCUUUCUUUUAACAGUGCAAAAGGAAAGGUCCUCACAGCACACUUUACAGGAAAUGUGUCUACGUGUCAGUUAAAUCAAGUCACAUCUUUAUGUCAGAGCACACAUUAUCAAGAGCAGAAUUUCAAGAAUUUUAUGCGAAUACCGAAAACAGUCGUCUCACCUGGCUGUGGACUGGCCACACUACAGUCUCUGGACUGAAUAUCAGGAUUUAAUACCCUGGCUACAGCAAAAUUAAGUCGAUUUGUGAUACAGUAUAACAGCAAGCUAUUAUUUAACGAAAAAGAUACACAAAUGCAGCAUUCAGCAGGAUGACAUGAACAUGAUGGCAUAUAAUUCCAGCUAUGACAUGAUGAACUCCACAGCUUCAACACUCUCUUUAUCAAGUGAUUACGUCUAUUUAUACGAUGACUAUGAACCCUGUAGCACAGAUACUACCAUAACACUGGGGUCCAACUUCCUGCCAGUGCUCUUCUCUCUUGUCUUUGUUGUGGGCCUGGCAGGCAACAGUGUGGUGCUGCUGAUCCUCAUUAAGCACAUUAGACUGAAGAACAUGACAGAUGUCUGCCUUCUGAAUUUGGCAAUAUCGGACCUGCUCUUUGUCCUGUCACUUCCUUUCUGGGCGUACUAUACAUCUGAUCAUGAGAUUGUAAGCACUGCCCUCUGCAAAGCUAUCGUUGGCCUUUAUCAGAUUGGUUUCUACAGCAGCGUAUUGUUCGUGACUCUCAUGAGUAUAGACAGGUACCUUGCCAUAGUCCACGCUGUGUUUGCUAUGAGAGCCAGAACUCUGUGCUUUGGAGUAGUGGCAAGCAUUGGCAUCUGGACUGUGGCCAUCUGUGGUUCUAUUCCAGCCAUGGCCUUUAACAAGGUUGUAGCACCUGAAAGCACAACCUGCCAACCUGAAUACCCCAUAGGUGAAGAAAAGAUAUGGAAGCUGAUUCAUAAUUUUGAAGACAAUGUUCUGGGCCUGCUUAUUCCUUUGCCUAUCAUGAUGUACUGUUACGUAAGCAUUCUUAUCGUGCUGUUAAGGUCCAGGAACUCCAAAAGGCACCGAGCCAUAAAGCUUAUUUUCAUGGUCGUGUGUGUGUUUGUUGUGUUCAGGUUGCCAUAUAAUGUUGUAGUUUUCAUGAAGUCCUUGCAAGAGUUUGGGAUUGGAGACAAGUGUGAAAACGCUAAGCGGAUUGAACUGGCUUUGCAGUUGACAGAAACUGUUGCGCUCAUUCAUUGUUGUGUGAACCCUUUCAUAUAUGCUUUCGUUGGAGAGAAAUUUAGGAAGCACAUGAAUCACAUGUUUUCCAGAUUUUCUCUUUGUGCAUAUUUCUGUAAGCAGACAAGUAUUCAUAUGAAAGUCUCUGAAAACGAAACCUCCAACACACCGUUGUAAUUUUGGUUUUCAAGUGUUUGUUGUGAAGUUCUUUUGGAUUGGUGAUUCAAAAUCUGGGUGUAUGUGACUUAUGUCUCUUCUUAUUUUUGUUCCUUCUGAGCUCUAAAUUACUAAUUAGAAAAUUCACAAUUGAACUCAUAUCGUCUUAUUUAUACAUUGCAAUUGUUCAAAACUCUUUAACACAUGGAUUUAAUUCAGUUAAGUGUUCAAUUAAGAAAUUUACUACUCAGAUGGAACAAAAAACAGAGACCACAUUGCUUCUUAAGUACCAGCAUUGGGAAUCGUGUUUUGUAUGAUACUAAAUUGUAGGUCUAGAAAUUAAGAUUUUUAAACAAAUUUGAAGAGGUGAUUUAAACCAAUAAUUCUGCUAUAAUACUGCAUGAGAAUCAGAUGAGUAGCUGCAGGUUUUCAUCCUAUUCAGGAAAGAGGAACACAUUUUGCUCAAGUAAAAGUUGGGGAAAUAUGUACAAAAACAUGUUUUAUGGUAAAAUGUAUUGAAAUACCUGUCCACACACUGAUAAUACAUUGUCCAAACAUUGACAACAUUUAAAGUUGUUUGGCAUCUUACUUAUGUAAUGGAAGAACUUGUGAAUCUGAACUUUGCUGUUGUACAUACUGUAUAAUUUUUCUAAGUAGAACAACUCAAUGUAAAUUAGCUACAGUUACAUUUUCACAAGUUUUGGAGGUUAUACACUGUACUUUAAAACUACAGAGCCUGAUUUAUAAAGUAAAACAGGGUGAUAAUGCUUUUUAUUUAGGUUAAAAACAAUUCCAGUUAAUCCUGUUUAUACUGUAUGUAGUAUAAUAUAAUCUAAUGUAACUACAGUGUAGUUAAAAUUUAUUGUUAAUGCAGUUAAAUAAAAAUGUGUGUAUAA